AUGAGUGAAUAUAUAACACAGCAAUUAGUGGACGACUUUCGCAGAGAUGGUGUUGUUUGUGUCCGCAAUGUCUUCAGUGAGCACUGGAUUGAGAAAGUGAUUGAAGGGAUUGACAGGAAUUUAGAGAAUCCGAGUCCUUAUAGCGAGAGACUGGCCAACGAUGGAGAAAUGGGAGCCUUUUUUAAUGAUUAUUGUAACUCGAGGUCUAUUCCAGAAUUUCAAGAGUAUGUAUACCAGUCACCGGCCGCUGAGAUCAGUGCCAUACUUAUGGACUCAAUGCAUAGUGUCUUCUAUCACGAGCACGUCCUCAUCAAAGAGGCCGGUGCUAACAAACUGACGCCUUGGCACCACGACCAGGCUUACUAUCCCAUCAAUGGAUUCAAGAACUGCUCGAUUUGGAUGCCUCUGGACUCAGUGCCCAUCGAAAGUACGGUAGAGUUCGCCGCGGCUUCUCAUUUGGAUAAUAAGUGGUAUAAACCGCGAAAAUUCGCCACUCAUUUGAAUUAUAAUACACACGAUAAUGAAGUUUGCGAUACCAAUGAGUAUAUUGAUGUCCCUUCCGAUCGAUAUAUUCGUGAGAAUUACAGAAUAUUGAGGUUUAGUGUAGAACCGGGAGAUUGUAUAGUAUUUCAUAUGCGGACACUUCACGGGGCGCCCGGAAAUCUGUCCCAAACUACUUCUAGAAGAGUUUUGAGCACCAGAUGUGACUUGGAUGACGACGUCCUGCUCAUCAUAUUGUCUUUCCUUGAUUUCGUCGAUAAAGUUAGGACUGAGAGGGUGUGCAGACGUUGGAGGGAUUUACUCAGUUAUAUGCUAUCAUUGCAAACAUGUCUAUACUUUUCGGACAAAAAUGACUUCGAUGUCGAACUCUGUUGUCCAGUGACUGAACCUAACGCCAAAACCACGGAAGUGCUGGAGCUCUCAAAACUAAUCACAUUUGACUAUCUCUUAGUGUUAGGCGAUAAUGAAUUGUCUGAAUGGGACGAAGCGGCCGAAAACAUAAUGAAUGGCGCCAUCAAGAAGUGCCCGAACCUCAAGAGAAUCGGAUUAAUUGAUUAUUUAAGACUCGAGAGUCCCAUAAGACUUAUUUGCGACAAUUGUCAUCACAGUCUCGAAGCCAUCGAUUUGAUAGGAUUCCGGAAAAUAUCGAUCACUGUAUCCGAUAUGAAAAGAAUUGGCGAAAAGUACCCCAAUUUAAGUUACAUUCGUGUGGUUUCCUCUAAUCUGGUGAUCGCCGAGGAGUGUCUGAAAACCCUUUUCCAAAGCUGUCAACACUUGAAGAGUUUUGUAGUCCAUUCAGAUCUGAUAUACCCUCCCAGUUGGACAGAGUGGGGUCGGAGUGGCCAUUAUAAUCGCAUUAAUGGUGAUUGUUAUGCAUACAUGAGUGAUACUAUACGCGAGAUUCGCACCGACAUCAAGAUAAUGGACAACAGCGGGCUGUUAUCAUUGAGCGCUAGUAAGGGUGGACCAAAUCUAACCACAUUGGAUCUGAGUGGUGGCACAUGGGAUGGCUGGUGGUUUCAGAUCAUAGCUCAAGGCUUACCAAAGCUACAGGUUCUUCGGUGUUCAAAGGUGUCGGUGUUUUCUAGCGAUGAUCUCGAAGAUAUAGCGCUUAUCAGUGAACUCAAGCAACUGAGAGAACUCUUCUUAGACCUGUCCACCAAAUCUCUGGUCCUAUUCCUGGAUGAUGUGGUCUAUGGGCUAAUGCAGGGCUGCUCUCAAAUGAAUAGAUUUGAAUUAUUCAACGCUAUUCUUACGGAC